AUGAACCUACGUGGUGAUGGGAGUGCGCAAAAAUACGCCUCUGUUCCGACGUUAUAUAAUGUAGUCGUUCUUGGAUGUGAACGUGUUGGUAAGAGCACCUUCAUUGACCAGGUGAUGAAAGGGACAUUCCGUAGCGAUUACGUGCCGACGACCCUGGAGACGUUUAUACACAGAACGACAGUGGACGGCAGGAAUUAUGUUUUGCAUCUAUGCGACUCCUCUGGAAGUGAGGCGUUUGUGCGCCACCGGUUGCUCUAUCUCGCGCGCGCGGACGGUGUUCUGCUUUUCUACUCAACGACGGACAAGGAGUCCCUAGCAUCUGUAGUUGGGUGGGUAAAAGAGUUGAGGGAAGCGCGUCACAAUAUUGGGGUUAAGGCUGCGAUGCCCAUUCUGCUGGUGGGAACGAAGCGGGACGACCGUCGUAGUCGUGUGGUCACUAUGCCAGAGGCGGAAGCCGUUGCAAGGUCAUGUCUCUCGGCACUUUCGCUGAAGAUGCAGCACAUGAACAGGAAAAAGGUUGUGGAGGCUGAGGGAUUUGCCAAACUGGUGCGUGACGCGAUUUCUUCUACACUUCCUGUUGUGGAAGUUUCCGCGUUACGCACAAAUGAGGUAUUGCAUGCGUUGCGUAUCAUGAUUCUAAUGAUAAGUAACUUCUCAAAGAGAAGACUUCCCGCGCCGGUAACCUUGACCUCCUCGAUAGAGUUUGCUACACCCCCUUCCUUGACGCCGUGUUUUACAUCGUUUGACGAACGACCUGGCAGUGCAUUCUUCCGUAUGCGCUCUCCCAUAAGAGCAUUGGGGGAGCGAUCUAAUAUUGCCGUUGGAGGCACCACAUCACCGAGUGCUGUGGUUGUAAAGCGAACUCCCAGUUUGGUGGGUGUCGCUGUUGCAUCAAGACGUAAUUCCGCCGCCCGAAGAAAUACCGUUGAUGCCGUGCGGGGACCAACAGAGUGCGAAGACGGGAGUGCUCCCUGGUGCUCGGAUGUUGUAUUGGUUGGAGGGACCGAGCCAGAACCUUUUUCAGCUUUGCAUGAAAAUGGAUACUGUGUAUCUGAAGGUCCCCCAAAUCAGACGGAAACACAGUCUACGCUUCUUCGUAGCCUUUCACAUGAUGGAGAGGUGCACGCGUGUGGGUUGGAACGUCAGAAGAAGCGGGAGCUGUCUGGUCGUCGCCGGGAGGUGGGAUGCACAGGUUCGUGUGUAAUCAUGUAG